UGGUCGUGGACGCACGCGCUCUCCCUUCCUUCCCGCUUCUCCACAUGGCUCUUUGUUUUUGUUUUGUUUUCAAGUAAUUCGAACACUGUAACUUUUUGUUUUUCAUUAAUUUGGAAAGUUCGAUGAUUUGAAACGACGUGGCGUAUGUUUUAUAGUGACCUUUGAGCAAAUUUAGUUACUUGUGCAUUUUUUUGCAUGAGCUUUUGUAUAUUUGUUGUCAAUGGUGGAACGUCACUGUGACACAAGGAACUGUGGAACAUCACUGUGACACAAGGAACUGUGGAACGUCACUGUGACACAAGGAACUGUGGAACAUCACUGUGACACAAGGAACUGUGGAACAUCACUGUGACACAAGGAACUGUGGAACAUCACUGUGACACAAGGAACUGUGGAACAUCACUGUGACACAAGGAACAUCACUGUGACACAAGGAACUGUGGAACGUCACUGUGACACAAGGAACUGCGGAACGUCACUGUGACACAAGGAACUGCGGAACGUCACUGUGACACAAGGAACUGUGGAACAUCACUGUGACACAAGGAACUGUGGAACGUCACUUUGAUACAAGGAACUGUGGAACGUCACUGUGACACAAGGAACUGUGGAACAUCACUGUGACACAAGGAACUGUGGAACAUCACUGUGACACAAGGAACUGUGGAACAUCACUGUGACACAAGGAACUGCGGAACAUCACUGUGACACAAGGAACUGUGGAACAUCACUGUGACACAAGGAACUGUGGGACAUCACUGUGACACAAGGAACUGUGGAACAUCACUGUGACACAAGGAACUGUGGAACAUCACUGUGACACAAGGAACUGCGGAACAUCACUGUGACACAAGGAACUGUGGAACAUCACUGUGACACAAGGAACUGCGGAACAUCACUGUGACACAAGGAACUGUGGAACAUCACUGUGACACAAGGAACUGUGGAACAUCACUGUGACACAAGGAACUGUGGGACAUCACUGUGACACAAGGAACUGUGGAACAUCACUGUGACAAGGAACUGUGGAACAUCACUGUGACAAGGAACUGUGGAACAUCACUGUGACACAAGGAACUGUGGAACAUCACUGUGACACAAGGAACUGUGGAACAUCACUGUGACACAAGGAACUGUGGGACAUCACUGUGAUACAAGGAACUGUGGAACAUCACUGUGACAAGGAACUGUGGAACAUCACUGUGACAAGGAACUGUGGAACAUCACUGUGACACAAGGAACUGCGGAACAUCACUGUGACACAAGGGACUGUGGAACAUCAUUGUGACACAAGGAACUGUGGAACAUCACUGUGACACAAGGAACUGUGGAACAUCACUGUGACACAAGGAACUGUAGAACAUCACUGUGACACAAGGAACUGUGGAACGUCACUGUGACACAAGGAACUGUGGAACGUCACUGUGACACAAGGAACUGUGGAACGUCACUGUGACACAAGGAACUGUGGAACAUCACUGUGACACAAGGAACUGUGGAACAUCACUGUGACACAAGGAACUGUGGAACAUCACUGUGACACAAGGAACUGUGGAACAUCACUGUGACACAAGGAACUGUGGAACAUCACUGUGACACAAGGAACUGUGGAACGUCACUGUGACACAAGGAACUGUGGAACGUCACUGUGACAAGGAACUGUGGAACAUCACUGUGACACAAGGAACUGUGGAACAUCACUGUGACACAAGGAACUGCGGAACAUCACUGUGAUACAAGAAACUGUGACACAAGGAACUGUGGAACAUCACUGUGACACAAGGUACAGUGGAACAUCACUGUGACACAAGGAACUGCGGAACAUCACUGUGACACAAGGAACUGUGGAACAUCACUGUGACACAAGGUACAGUGGAACAUCACUGUGACACAAGGAACUGUGGAACAUCACUGUGACACAAGGAACUGUGGAACAUCACUGUGACACAAGGAACUGUGGAACAUCACUGUGACACAAGGAACUGUGGAACAUCACUGUGACACAAGGAACUGCGGAACAUCACUGUGACACAAGGAACUGUGGAACAUCACUGUGACACAAGGAACUGUGGAACAUCACUGUGACACAAGGAACUGUGGAACAUCACUGUGACACAAGGAACUGUGGAACAUCACUGUGACACAAGGAACUGUGGAACAUCACUGUGACACAAAGAACUGUGGAACAUCACUGUGACACAAGGAACUGUGGAACAUCACUGUGACACAAGGAACUGUGGAACAUCAUUGUGAUACAAGGAACUGUGGAACAUCAUUGUGAUACAAGGAACUGUGGAACUUCACCGAGUGUCAAAGUAACCCAAGGAACACAAGAACGGACCUAUGAUAACUGAACGCUAGAACACUUACGUAACAGUAGCAAUACAUCAGGAACACUUGUUCCACACAACUACACCAGGAUUAACAAAGGAACACUGUGAUACUUAAAUUGUACCUGUGAUACAUAAAUUAUGCAUAAGGAACACCUCUGAUGCAUAUGUAUAAUCCGUUCUAUAUUAGGAAUCGCUGUAAUGCGUAAGAACUUACUGAAGGAACAUCUAUACAACAUUAAGUAGUAUCUUUGCAACCUUUAGCAAUAUCUGUGCCACAUUAAGUAGCAUCUGUGCAAUAGUAAGGAGUAGCUGUGCACCAUUAAGGAGUAGCUGUGCACCAUUAAGGAGUAACUGUGCACCAUUAAGGAGUAACUGUGCGCCAUUAAGGAGUAACUGUGCGCCAUUAAGGAGUAACUGUGCACCAUUGAGGAGUAACUGUGCACCAUUAAGGAGUAACUGUGCACCAUUAAGGAGUAACUGUGCACCAUUAAGGAGUAACUGUGCGCCAUUAAGGAGUAACUGUGCACCAUUGAGGAGUAACUGUGCACCAUUAAGGAGUAACUGCACCAUUGAGGAGUAACUGUGCACCAUUAAGGAGUAACUGUGCACCAUUAAAGAGUAACUGUGCACCAUUAAGGAGUAACUGUGCAACAAAUCGCAUCUGUGCAGCACUGAGGAACACAUUAUCUCAGCUCCUUAUACUCAAAAGUAUCUCCCAUCAACGUCUUAAUUAAACUAUGCAUUUAACAGCACUUGAGAUGGAGGGUGUGGCAGUGGGCGGUGGGGGCGGCGGUGGGCGGGAGGAGGUGGAUGAGGAUUCUCCGCCCACCAGCAAGACGGAGGUUGCCAAGUCGAGUGAGGCCCUGGUGGUGGAGGACUCCCAGAACCAGCUGCUCUACACCGUCGAGGACAACCCUCCGUGGUACACCUGUCUCGUCCUUGGUCUCCAGCACUACCUGAUGAUGGUGGAGUCGACUGUUAGUAUCCCCUACCUGCUCACGCCUCUCAUGUGUAUGGCCACUAACGACCCCGCCAGAGGCGCCAUCGCCUCUACCGUCAUCUUCGUCAGCGGCAUCGUCACCCUUCUCCAGACUGUCUUCGGCGUCAGACUGCCCAUCGUACAAGGAGCCACACACGGAUUCCUGGGCCCCAUCUUGGCCAUCCUGACCCUUCUGCCCUGUCCGCCUGACGAGGUCCUCGACUCUCUGACGUAUGAAGAACGAACCAACCUGUGGCAGAUACGCAUGCGGGAGGUCCAAGGCGCCAUCUGUCUGGCCGCCGUCUUCCAGGUGGUCGUAGGCUGCACCGGUGCUGUUGGCGGUCUGCUGCGCUGGAUCUCCCCUCUGGUGGUCGUGCCCACCAUCACCCUCAUCGGGUUCUCCCUCUUCAGAGUCGCUGCCGACAAGGCCGCCUCCCACUGGGGCAUCUCCUCGCUGACGAUAGUGUUGUUGGUAGUGUUCUCUCAGUACCUGAGCCAGGUCGGGGUCCCGGGCCUCACGUGGUCCAGGGCCCGAGGCUUCACCAGGGUCAAUGUUUACGUCUUCAAACUUUUCCCAGUGCUGCUGGCGGUGGUGGUGGCGUGGCUGACCUGCUGGGCGCUCACCGCUGCUGAGGUCUUGCCGCCUCACAGCCCCGCGAGGACUGAUCUCAGACUCACCAUCAUCACCGAGUCUCCCUGGUUCCGCUUCCCUUACCCAUGUCAGUGGGGCUGGCCGAGCGUGAGCGUGGCUGGGACGCUGGGCAUGUUAGCGGGCGUCCUGGCCAGCAUUGUGGAGAGUAUUGGAGACUACUUCGCCUGCGCCAGGCUCGCUGGAGCUCCUCCACCACCCAAACACGCAAUUAACCGGGGCAUCUGGAUCGAAGGGUUGGGCACAAUCCUAGCCGGUCUCUGGGGCACGGGCAGCGGUACUACCUCCUAUUCCCAGAACGUUGGGGCCAUCGGCAUCACAAAGGUCGGGAGUCGUCGCGUAGUCCAGUACAGCGCAGCCAUCAUGCUGGGCUGUGGACUGAUAGGCAAGGUGGGCGCCCUCUUCAUCACUAUCCCAGAGCCCAUCAUAGGCGGCAUCUUCUGCGUCGUCUUCGCCAUGAUCACCUCCGUUGGUCUCUCCACUCUCCAGUACAUCGACCUCAACUCCUCCAGGAACCUCUUCGUUCUCGGGUUUUCCCUCUUCUUCGGCAUAGCCUUGCCCAUGUGGAUGCAGAAGCCAGAGAACGCGGCCAUCAUCCAGACAUCGGUGCCAGCGGUGGACCAAGUAGUGUCCGUCCUCCUGAAAACCUCCAUGUUUGUGGGUGGUUGUCUUGGCUUCUUCCUCGACAACACUGUACCUGGGACGCUGGAGGAGCGAGGGAUGGUGGAGUGGAGGGCUCAGCUGGAGACACAAUUACCGGGGACAGCCGGUGCUCUCGACCAGUCCUGCUAUGACCUCCCCUUCGGCAUGCACGCCAUCAGGAGAUGGAGCUGGACACGACUGGUACCAAUCCUACCCACGUUUACAGGCUGGGGCUUCCUCAAGGGCCGCUGCUUCUCCAGGGCCUAGGGCGCUGCCUCUAUGGCCGAGGGUGCUACCUCUUCAGGUGCCUAGGGCGCUGCCUCUCUAUGGCCGAGGGUGCUACCUCUCCAAGUGCCUAGGGUGCUGCCUCUCUAUGGCCGAGGGUGCCGCCUCUCCAGGGCCUAGGGUGCUGCCUCUCUAUGGCCGAGGGUGCUACCUCUCCAAGUGCCUAGGGUGCCGCCUCUCCAGGGCCUAGGGUGAUGCCUCUCUAGGGCCUAGAGCGCUGCCUCUCUAGGGCCAAAGGUGCUGCACGAAAUGAUAAUAGGGACAGACGAGGGUGUCACAUCAACACACAUCGAAAACGUACCGUCAUCACCUCACUGACAGGUCUUGAUGAACAAGAAUUCAGACAGCAACAGCAGUGUGAUACACGAAGUAGGCGCCAUACAACUUCCUCAAGAAUAGACCAAGAUCCUGCACAAGAAUUGUCAGCCCCUCAAACUGAAGACGGACGUUAACCAAUCAGAACUCCACGAACCUUCUGACGUCAGAGCCACACAGACCCAGAGGGGCCCCAGGGCGACCAGUUCGAGUACACGCACAAGAGCAAUAAGAACCUCGGCUAGGCCAGGUCUGUGUCCCCGACAGUAGAGAAGUCUGAGAAGACUUGUGAAGACUUCUGUACCUUUACAGGUACGACAACCAACACGCCUUACGACCAUAGAGGGUAGUAAUGGAAUACUUGCACCUUGGAGGACCUUGCACAAGAAUACCCCCCAUGCCCCUGCACAAGGAUACCCCAUGCCCCGGCACAAGAAUUUCUCGUGUCCCUGUCCAAGAAUACCCCAUGUCCUUGCACAAGAAUACCCCAUGUUUCUGCCCAAGAAUACCCCAUGUCCUUGCACAAGAAUACCCCAUGCCCCUGCACAAGAAUACCCCCAUGCCCCUGCACAAGAAUACCCCCAUGUCCCUGCACAAGAAUAGCCCCAUGCCCCGGCACAAGAAUUUCUCGUGUCCCUGUCCAAGAAUACCCCAUGUCCUUGCACAAGAAUACCCCAUGUUCCUGUACAAGAAUACCCCCCAUGCCCCUGCGCAAGAAUACCCCCAUGCCCCUGCACAAGAAUACCCCAUGUUUCUGCCCAAGAAUACCCCAUGUCCUUGCACAAGAAUACCCCAUGCCCCUGCACAACAAUAGUCCCAUGCCCCGGCACAAGAAUUCCUCAUGUCCCUGUCCAAGAAUACCCCAUGUCCUUGCACAAGAAUACCCCAUGCCCCUGCCCAAGAAUACCCCAUGCCCCUGCCCAAGAAUACCCCAUGCCCCUGCGCAAGAAUACUCCAUGCCCCUGCACAAGAAUAUCCCCAUGUCCCUGCACAAGAAUACCCCAUGCCCCUGCCCAAGAAUACCCCAUGCCCCUGCGCAAGAAUACCCCAUGCCCCUGCACAAGAAUACCCCCAUGUCUCUGCACAAGAAUACCCCCAUGUCUCUGCCCAAGAAUACCCCAUGUUCCUGUACAAGAAUUCCCCCCAUGCCCCUGCGCAAGAAUACCCCCAUGCCCCUGUACAAGAAUACCCCUUGUCUGCACAAGAAUAUAUCAUAAUACAAGACCAACAGAGGUAUUGUACCUGGACCAGAUGAUGUGACCUCCACCUACGAGGUCAUGACCUACGCUCACAAAACAUAACCCAUGCCUGAAAAAAGGUUGUGAUCUCCAACCAACACCAGGUCGUCGCCUCGGCCCACACGAGGUGGUCGUCUCCUCGGCCCACACGAGGUCGUCUCCUCGGCCCACACGAGGUCGUCUCCUCGGCCCACACCAGGAGGUCGUCGCCUCGGCCCACACGAGGUCGUCUCCUCGGCCCACACCAGGUCGUCGCCUCGGCCCACACGAGGUGGUCGUCGCCUCGGCCCACACGAGGUCGUCUCCUCGGCUCACACGGGUGGUCACCACCACAGCCUACCUACUUGAGGUCAUCUCAGCUAGCAUAAGCCCACUGCCACGUCUCAGACAUAAGGUCGUGACCCCUACCUCCGGUGGCACAUAAUGGCCAGUUGUCAAGUCUUCCCCUUGUAUGGAGCAGUUGUGUUUUCCAAAUAAAUGUCUUAAAACACA